AUGAUACCAAUCAAAUUUUCUUGUGCUUUCCUUAUUAUUUCCACUGUGACACUGGUCACCGUAGUCAAUGCCUUUAAACCCCAGCUUGUUCUUCAACUCGUUAAUGAUGAACGUAGUAAGGUUGGAGCUCCUGCACUUACAUUGGACGGUCAAUUGACGCAAGCUGCUCAAACGCAAACCGAUUAUAUGGUGUAUUCCGGUAACCUCACUCACGAGAACCCUAUCGGUGAUUUAGGGAAACGAAUUCGAGAUACUGGGUACAUUUUUAGUGACAAUAACUAUGCUGAAAAUGUCGCUGUUGGAUAUGGUACAGAUGAGGAAGUGCGUGUUGUGCAAAGUUGGAUGAGUUCCAGCGAUCAACAAAAUAUUCUUAAUCCAGCAUUCACUAUGGGAGUCGCAUUUGGUGGUGAAACAUAUUGGACUCAAGUUUUUGCAACACCAAGUGAACAAACCAGCGUGAAUGUUAGACCAAGUAUACCAACUAGCGUGAAUUUUCCAACCGAUGGUGUGACUUUACCAACUAGCAGCGCAAUCUUCCCAACCGAUAGCGUGAUUUUACCAACCAGCGUGACAAGUGAACCAACCAGCAUGUUUGGUAGAACUCAUGAACAAACCGGAGAGAUUGCUUAA